AUGGACUACCGGCGGCUAUUGAUGAGCCGGGUGGUGCCGGGGCAGUUUGACGACGCGGAUUCCUCUGACAGUGAGAACAUAAACUUGAAGACAGUCAAAAAAGAGAAUGAAGACCUUCAAAGUAAGGAUGAAGAUGAGGUAGAGGAGGAGGAGGUGGAGGAGGAUUAUGAUGAAGAUGAUGAUUGGGACUGGGACUAUGGAGUUGGGAAACUCACAAAGGGUUAUGUGUCCAAUGGAAUUAACCCACAGGCAAAUCGACAGACUUCUAACAACAAUUCUGCCAAAAUGUCUACCCCAGCAGAUAAAGUCUUACGGAAAUUUGAGAAUAAAAUUAAUCUAGAUAAGCUAAAUGUUACUGAUUCUGUCAUAAAUAAAGUUGCUGAAAAGUCUCGACAAAAGGAAGCAGAUAUGUAUCGCAUCAAAGAUAAGGCAGACAGAGCAACUGUAGAACAGGUGUUGGAUCCCAGAACGCGAAUGAUUUUAUUCAAGAUGUUGACUAGAGGCGUCAUAUCAGAGAUAAAUGGCUGUAUCAGCACAGGAAAAGAAGCUAAUGUAUACCAUGCUAGCACAAUGAAUGGAGAGAACAGAGCAAUCAAAAUUUAUAAAACUUCUAUUUUGGUGUUCAAAGAUCGGGAUAAGUAUGUAAGUGGGGAAUUCAGAUUUCGUCAUGGCUACUGUAAAGGAAACCCCAGAAAAAUGGUGAAAACUUGGGCAGAAAAAGAAAUGAGGAACUUAAUCAGGCUAAACACUGCACGGGUACCAUGCCCAGAACCUAUAAUGCUAAGAAGUCAUGUUCUUAUCAUGGGUUUCAUUGGAAAAGAUGACAUGCCUGCACCUCUCUUGAAAAAUGUUCAGUUAUCAGAAUCCAAGGCUCGGGAAUUGUACUUACAGGUCAUUCAGUACAUGAGAAAAAUGUAUCAGGAUGCUCGACUUGUCCACGCGGAUCUCAGUGAAUUUAAUAUGUUGUACCAUAAUGGAGAUGUGUACAUCAUUGAUGUUUCUCAAUCUGUGGAGCAUGACCACCCACAUGCCUUGGAAUUCUUGAGAAAAGACUGUGCCAAUGUCAGUGAUUUUUUUUUGAAGCACAAUGUUGCUGUGAUGACUGUGCGGGAACUCUUUGAAUUCGUCACAGAUCCAUCAAUUACACAUGAGAACAUGGAUGCUUAUCUCUCAAAGGCCAUGGAAAUAGCAUCUCAAAGGACUAGUGAAGAAAGGUCCAGCCAGGACCAUGUGGAUGAAGAAGUGUUUAAGCAAGCAUAUAUUCCUAGAACCUUGAAUGAGGUGAAAAAUUAUGAGAGGGAUCUGGAUAUAAUGAUAAAGUUGAAGGAAGAGGACAUGGCCAUGAAUGCUCAACAAGAUAAUAUUCUAUACCAGACUGUAACAGGAUUGAAGAAAGAUUUGUCAGGAGUUCAGAAGGUCCCUGCACUUCUAGAAAAUCAAGUUAAAGAAAUGACUUGUUCUGAUUCAGAAGAUGGUGGAAGCUUUGAGUGCUCUGAUGUAGACUCUGAAGAUCAGGGAGACCAUGCCUGCUCCAAGAAGCAUACUACUGACCCUGAACUUGAUAAAAAGGAAAGGAAAAAAAUGGUCAAGGAAGCCCAAAGAGAGAAAAGAAAAAAUAAAAUUCCUAAACAUGUGAAGAAAAGAAAGGAAAAGACAGCCAAGAUGAAGAAAGGCAAAUAA